UAUCCCCCAGUCGCCCUGCUUCGUGGUAACUCAACUGUUACUGGAACGAUUACGUUUGACCAGGCAAGCGAAACUGCACCGACCAUCAUCUCAUGGCAUAUCCGAGGCAAUAGUCCCAACUCCCAGAGGGCAUUUCACAUUCAUGAGUUCGGGGAUAAUACUAAUGGGUGUACUUCUGCCGGUCCGCACUUUAACCCUUUCAGUCGCUCACACGGUGCCCCAACGGAUGAGGACCGCCAUGUUGGCGACCUAGGCAACUUCCAAACUGAUUCAAUGGGAGAUUCUACGGGGUCCCUUGAGGAUCGUCUAGUGAAGUUGGUUGGACCCGAGAGUGUAAUUGGGCGCAUGACUGUUGUGCACGCUGGCACGGACGAUCUUGGGCGUGGAGGAAACGAAGAGUCUAAGAAAACAGGAAAUGCUGGAGGGAGACUAGCUUGUGGUAUUAUUGGGCUUGCUCCGUCUGUGCAAGCUGGGAAUAGCAAGUUCAAGUUCACAAGUGUUCUGUAG